UAUGAAUAAGCCAAUAAAAAAGAAUAUCCGUCUGGCAGAAACAGAUUGUAAAUCCCGCUCUUUGAUCAUUUGACAGUUCGCACAACGUUCUCAUUUCAAACUCCACUGCUUCCACAAAUAAACGCCACAUCCACACCAUCUCGCGAUCAGCGAUAAUGUCUAUAACUUUAUCGAUAGCUAUUUAUCACUUUCUACUCUUUCUAGCGUAUAAGGAAACCGAGGGGAACGCCGCACCUUCUAUUUUAGGCGUCACAAUUUCAGUUUCAGCCCCGCGAGUUGUGGCGCGGACGCCAUAGUCCGAGCGAAUUAAAAAAAUAACCAACCGCUAAUAAUUAAAACGUUCCAUUUCUGAAAAUGACCGUUGACGCUGGGAAAACCGUUUCUGGGAUCAAUAUAAAAAGCUCCCAGAACCGACUGCUGAUCAAGAAUGGGCGUGUCGUCAACGAUGACGGAAUGGAAGAUGCCGAUGUCUACAUCGAGGAUGGCAUCAUCAAACAAGUGGGCCGCAACCUCAUCAUCCCGGGCGGCACGCGCACCAUCGACGCGACGGGCAAGCUCGUGAUGCCGGGAGGCAUCGACCCACACACGCACUUCGAGCUCGAGAUGAUGGGCGCCAAGACGGCCGACGACUUCUACAAGGGCACCCGCGCCGCCGUCGCAGGAGGCACCACGACUGUCAUCGACUUUGUGUUGCCUGAAAAGGGCCAAUCGCUGGUCGAGGCGUACAACAAUUGGCGGCAGAAGGCCGACGGCAAGGUGUGCUGCGACUACGGCCUCCACGUCGGCGUGACCUGGUGGUCCCCCUCCGUCCGCAAAGAGAUGGAGAAGCUGGUCUCCGAGGACUACGGCGUCAACUCCUUCAAGAUGUUCAUGGCGUACAAGGACGCCUGGAUGCUGGACGACUAUAAUCUCAUGUGCGCUGUUGAGGCGUGUGCUGAACUCAAGGCUUUGCCCCAGGUGCACGCAGAGAAUGGGCACAUCAUAGCUCGCAACACGGAGAAGCUUCUAGCGGCCGGCGUCACCGGCCCAGAGGGGCACGAGCGAUCCAGAGAUGAAGAGGUGGAAGGGGAGGCGGUCAAUCGCGCCUGCGUUAUCGCCAACCAGGCCAACUCGCCGCUAUACAUCGUGCACAUGAUGUCAAAAAGCGCUGUAAGAGCGCUACAGCAGGCCCGCGCUCGCCAGCGACAACCUUUGUACGGAGAGACCCUGGCGGCCACCGUCGGCACUGACGGGUCGCACUACCGCAACGCGUGCUUCCGGCACGCCGCCGCGCACGUGCUGUCCCCCCCGCUGCGCCCCGACCCCUCCACCCCGCAGGCCAUCGUCGAGGCCCUCGCCGAUGACCACCUCCAGCUGAUCGGCAGCGAUAACUGCACCUUCCACGAUAAGGACAAAGAAUUGGGCAAGGGCAACUUCGCCAAGAUCCCCAACGGGGUCAAUGGGGUCGAGGACCGCAUGGCCAUACUGUGGCAGAAGGCUGUCAAUACUGGCAUAAUGGACCCGUGCCGCUUCGUGGCCGUAACCAGUUCCACGGCGGCCAAAAUCUUCAACUUGUGGCCGGCCAAGGGCCGAGUGGCCGUGAAUAGUGACGCGGACGUUGUCGUGUGGGACCCGCGUCUCGAGAGGACUAUUACAGCCGCGGCGCACAAACAUGCCAUCGACUUUAAUAUAUUCGAGGGUCAGCACGUGGUGGGCAGCCCGCAGUACGUGAUCGUUAACGGACGAGUGUGUUUGGACGACGGCCAGCUCAGGGUCGUUGAAGGUCACGGCAAGUUCCUGAAGACCCCCGUGAACUCCCCGUACGUGUUCGGCGGCGAGGAGGAAGUCGACUCUGCGCCCGCGCAGCCGCUGCAUGUGGAUGUAGCUCCCAGACACGUCAGCGUCACCAACGGGACGCCCACACCCGAGGCACUGAACAACCAUUUGGAGGGGUUGUCGGUGACGUCAUCCGGGUGCAGCACUCCCACCGGACGAAAGAUGCGAGAAACCGGACAGAGGAACCUGCAGAGCUCCACCUUCUCCAUAAGCAAGGAGGUCGAAGGGCUGGACACGAAGACUUCAGUCCGCGUGCGGAACCCCCCCGGCGGCAAGUCUUCGGGACUGUGGUAGAGGACCCUAGGGUCCGCGGGUCAACCAGACGGGUAGCUCAGGGAAGCUUGUGGAAAAACUUCAUAUACACUUUUAUUGCUUGAGAAAGGGUUAAACUUCGUAUGUGUCUCAACGGUAGCAUGAUUGAUGCAAAUUCGUGCUGGAGAGUAAUUUGAAAUGACUAAAUUCUGGUUGUGAAAUAUAUCGGCAUAUAAUGUAGUUUACAGUACAUAUGGUCCUACUUUACCGCUCUAGGUCGGUAAUUACCACAAAACGUGCAUAUGAGGGCCAUAUAUACUGUACAACGUUGUACAUUACACGUGCGAAAAGGUAAUUCGCAACUCGUGUCGAUUUAAAACACUCCCUUCGGUCGUGUUUCAAUUUAUCGACUCUCGUUGCGAAUUUCCUACUUUUCGUACUUGUAUCGUAUAAAUGUACUAUGAACUGUUACUAGCACCAGCGUUGUGAGUUAUUAUUGGAAACAAGAAAUAUCUAUGUAUGACCGACAAAAUGAUUUUGAUUUGAUUAGUUUUGAACAAAAUGUAAAACUUUACUUUAAAAACAUUGUUGCCAUCAAACCUAGGAACAUCGAAUAAGUAGGUAAGUAUAUAUAAAUAAUACUGUAAUUGAGUUUUUCCACAAGUUAUGCAAGUACCCUCAGUGUUAAGGUAUUUCUCUAUUUCUAUUUUUAGUCAGUAAGUAAUCGCAAAAACAUUUCUGCGUAGGUAUUGCGACCAAAUAUACCUACACACUCGAAAUCUCUUCAUAUACUUAUACAAAUUGUGUAUAAAUAUGAAACUGAUACUACCUAUAAAUCAAUGAUUAGGGCGGUAUUCCACCUGUCCAAUUUAUUUGUCCAAUGUGUAUUGCGUCUCACAUUUUGCUUAAUGAGAGAGUGAGACGCAAUGACAUUGGACCAUAGACAAGACAUCCUCCAGACAGCAUAGUAGCGCUACCCCCUCUGCCACGCAUACGGUAGUUUUACUCCAUUUUCGAGUCGAAAGUGUCUGUGUGACGCCCGUGUCUUUUAACGGACCAAUCACGGCACGGGACUCGCUCACCUCGUCCCGCGCACCCCAGUAUUUUUGGCAGCAUCGGUUUCAUGAAAUAAUUGCUCUAAACUCCGUCUAGAGGAUUCCUAGUCUAUGCAUUGGACAGAUGAAAUACCACCCUAAGAGAGACUGAGAUAGGAAUAGAGAAGUGUGCACUGCACUUAAGAACCAAUUUCGAUGUAAGUCGCAACCCAAAGCUUAGUAAAGAUGGAUGUUAGGCUAGCACUAGUGUAGCGCGAUAAAUGUUUAACGCAAUAUUUAUACGUUUAUACAUAGCUUGUAAUGGAUGUCAUAGCUUUAUUUAUGAGCUCUGUUCAAACUUUUUCAGUGCCAUUCAAAUAUGUGACAUUAAUUUGUUGUAUUCCUUCACAUAACUAAAUAAUUAUUAACUGUAGAAGAGUUGUAUUGAGUUCUAAGAAAAAUUCGUGUCACCAAGUUUAGACAGCUAAAGUAGAUCGUACUGUACGACGGUAAAACACAAAUUUUUGACCAGUUACCGAAUAAUGUACAAAGCCGUAUAUAUAUAUUUACAUGAGACGUCAAAUUCGGAACAAUAAUUUUUGACUUCAAAUCUCAUCUACUAUUAAUAACACUUUAUGAUAUUAUUAACCAUUUCCUUAUACAUUUCAAUGAAAGAAAAUGGAAGAUAGUACAUUUUUAAUUCGAUUAUUAAUUGAAAAAAAAAACGUCACAAGCGGAUUAAAUUGUGACUUGAGAACAAGUUGCAUAUAGUCAGACCGUAAAAAGUCUGCAGUGAUUUUGAUAGCCCACGCAGUGCAAGUAUCAUUGUAAACGUCAAACUUCUAUGAAAUCAUGAUGUAUACUUAACACUUACACUGCGUGGGCCAUCAAAUCCGCUGCAGACUUUGUUUGGUGCGACAAAUCGCUGGCCCAAUAUUACAGGGUUCUAUGUCUCACUUUUAUCGAACUGAAAUUUGAACCCAGUGACAUUAAGUCGAAUUUCAACUAUCUUGAAAAUGUAACAUAGAACCUUGUAAUAUUGGGCCAGCGAUAUGUCAACUCACAAUCUUAAUAAGUACUAAAACCUACUAUAUAAUAACAUAAUAAGGCAGACAUCUAUUACAACUAUUUCGACAGUUAACAUAGACUGAUUUAUAACUUUUAACCCGACUAGAUGGAUAUUCAUUGUUUUGUAUCGAAAAGUAUUUAACGAUAGGUACAUUAACCCGCCAAUGUGACAAUGGUAUUAUGUUCUUCCAUGUUUUACAUAAUAGUGAGCAUAUAACAGAUGAACACAGUUAAAAUAGUUAUUUACUAUACAAGUGCGGAAAAGAGGAAAUUCGAGGGCAUCGACACGAGUUGCGAAUUACCUAUUCGCACGUGUAUCGUAAAACGUUUUACAGUACAUAUGGCCCUUUAAACUUUUGACAUCGCACGCAAAGUGCUAUUUUACGCACUAGUGCGGGAGAAUAGGAUCAUAUGUACUGUAAGUACUUUUUCUGUGUCAAUUCUGUAAUAUAUGCUAUCUAUUGAGAUUUAGGUGUCAAACUUACCAAUAGAUUUAUUUAUAAGAACCUCUUUGACAUUUUUAUAAGAUUGUUAACCGAUAUUUAUGGUUUACUGACAUUUAUAUUCCAAAAACCUGGAACCUAAGUACUAGGUUGUAAAUGUUUAAUAUAAAUCCCUUACUAACCAUCCUAUUCACUCCUUAUAGCACAGUUUGCUAAUUUUAUUAUUUAAGUGUACUUUGAUAUCAACAGAUGGCGUUAGUGCACAACGACGUGCGAACUUGAAUUUAAUAUAAAUGGCAUAUUUAUCGAAAAUAUGUCUUUUUAUACGACUGCCCAAAAAAAGGGUGUAUUGUUUUUAAGAAAGUCGAAUCCAGAGGUUUAAAAUGUUCGAUUACAAAUAACCAAAAAUCUAAAUCAAAGAAUUCACGUACUACUAGCGCCAUCUAGCGAGCCUUUAUUAAGAAUUUAAUACGUUGUGUUGUACUGCCGCACAGAUGGCGGUAGUGAUCGGGCAUUACCGCUAUUUAUUUCAUGUUAUUUACAUAUUAUUGAACGG